CCAAAUUUGAUCAGAUCUGCUCCUCGUCUCCUUCGUCGCAUUGCAGGGGGAACCGCAAGAUUCCGCCAUUCCGGUCCUUUAAUAUGUAUGAUAAUCUUGGAAACCAGCCCGGGUCGGCAAGAACACCAUCGAGUGCUCAACCAGUUCCUUUUGGCAAUGCAUUUUAUGGUGCCAGCUCAGGGCUUAUUAGAGGUGGACUCGGUGCUUAUGGAGAAAAAAUCCUAGGUUCAAGCUCUGAGUAUGUGCAAAGUAAUAUUAGUAGGUACUUCUCCGAUCCACAAUACUACUUCCAAGUCAACGACCAUUAUGUGAGGAAUAAAUUGAAGGUUGUUCUUUUCCCAUUUCUACACAGGGGGCAUUGGACAAGAAUCACAGAACCAGUUGGCGGUMGGCUAUCAUAUAAGCCCCCGGUUUACGAUAUUAAUGCUCCCGAUCUUUAUAUUCCACUAAUGGCUUUCGGUACCUAUGUUGUUCUUGCUGGAUUCUCAUUGGGUUUGCAAGGGAAGUUUAGCCCAGAAGCUGUGAACUGGCUUUUCAUGAAAGGGUUGGUUGGUUGGUUUCUACAGGUUUCACUACUCAAAAUGUCGUUAUUUUCAUUAGGCGGUGCAGAGGCACCUUUACUAGAUAUCGUUGCAUACGCUGGGUACGGUUUCACCGGAUUAUGCCUUGCUGUCCUUGGAAAAAUCAUAAUGUCCUACUCUUACUACUUCUUGAUUCCGUGGACAUGUUUAUGUAUGGGAAUCUUCUUGGUGAAAACGAUGAAACGAGUCCUUUUCUCAGAGGUUAGAAGUUUCGAUUCUAGCAGGCAUCAUUACCUUUUGCUCUUCAUUGCUUUAGCCCAGUUCCCACUCUUCAUUUGGCUCGGAAAUAUCACCGUUAAUUGGCUUUUUUAACAAGUGUAACAUUUAAAAGAUUAGUCAUUUUUAUUAGGUCACAUGAAUAAUCUUUAAAUGAUCUAAAAUUUAUGUAUACAAUUUGGAAUCUAUAGGAGAAGAUUCCCUAAAGAAUUCUACCUGUUAUAACU